CUUUUUUUUUUCUUAUUCAUUUGCCACGAAACCACACAACAUGCCUGAGACCCAAUGCUACUUCACUGCCCGUCUUCGGAAUGUGCGCCAUCUCGCAGCAGUUCUAAAGUCUGUCCAUAUUAAGGAUAUUGCAACCUGUAUGAUAACAUCGGACGGCUUGUCAUUCAUUCUGGAAGAGUCGCGAUGCUUGUUUUGUCGAUGUUUGAUUCAAAGGCAAUUGUUUGAGGACUAUAAAUUUGCAAUAAAAGCAGGGAUUAAUGAUGGUAGUGAUGAGAUCAAUGAUCCCUUGUCGCAACAAAGUUUAUAUGCGAAUACGGAUAUAAAUACGAACACGAAUCCAAAUAUCAAUACGGUUGCGAAUACGCAGCAAAGUUCACAACAAGUUGGCUUGGCUAGUAGUCAAAGAAUGCCAGGAGGAAACGAACCCGAUUUAGUCGUAAGCUUUGGUAUCAACCUAGGAACGCUCCUGAGUUGUCUCAAUAUGUUUGGCACAGCUGGAUGGAGUGGUACUCAAGUUGGGGAAGGCAACUCUGGACAAAGCAAUACGGUUUUUGGAUCAGGACCAGCAACAGCAGUCAAGCUAAGUUACGAUGGAUCAGGGUCCAAAUUCAUCCUCACGCUUGAGGACAAUGGGGUUGUGACCACAUGUGGUAUCCCUACGUUCGAUCCAGAACCUCCAGUCAAAGUUGACUUUGGUGAAGAAACUGCUAAAAUCAAUAUGAAGGCUCAAUGGUUAGAAGAAGGGCUUAGGGACCUGGAUGCCACUAGCGACCGUGUAGUGAUCCGAGUUUCGCCAGAAAUCCCACACCUUAGAAUAUCUAGUCUGGGGACAGUCGAGAACCUGGACGUAAAUUACUCACAGGGUGAUGUAAUUGAAUCAUUUGAAUAUCCGUUCGAGAACCCGACCGAGCACAGUUAUAACUUUUCGCAUGUACUAAAUGUACUGCGAGUAUGCCCGAUGGCAAGUAGAGCUAGCAUGGCUCUGAACGCUGAGAACUUCUUGAGGAUUCAGUUUCUUAUACCAGUGCGGGAGCAUCGGUUCUUGUAUUCAGAGUACAUCUUUGCGCCUCUUGAAACCGUUGAUUAAAAAUAAAAUAAAAUUAUAAUAAAAAAAAAAAAAGCCUUAUAAA